UUUCCAUCUUCGAAGAAGGAUGUCUCCACCGGGAGGCAUUUGCCCUUGAAAAUAUGAGGAAUCGGCGACGGAAAGUGGAGCCUGGACACUUCUCGGCCGUGGGCGAGAAGAUACAUCUCGCGCUCCAGGAAGAGCAGACUCGCUGCUUGGCCGUGGCAGGCGAGACACAACUGAAAAUCCUGGAAGAGCAGACUCGCUGCUUGGCCGUGGCAGGGAAGACACAACUGAAGGUACUGGAAGAGCAGACUCGCUGCUUGGCCGUGGAAGAGAAGACUCGCUGCUUGGCCGUGGAAGAGAAGACUCGCUGCUUGGCCGUGGAAGAGCAGACUCGCUGCUUGGCCGUGGAAGAGAAGACUCGCUGCUUGGCCGUGGAAGAGCAGACACGCUGCUUGGCCGUGGAAGAGCAGACACGCUGCUUGGCCGUGGCAGGCAAGACACAAGUGAAGCUCCUGGAAGAGCAGACUCGCUGCUUGGCCGUGGAAGAGAAGACUCGCUGCUUGGCCGUGGAAGAGAAGACUCGCUGCUUGGCCGUGGCAGGCGAGACACAACUGAAGCUCCUGGAAGAGCAGACUCGCUGCUUGGCCGUGGAAGAGAAGACUCGCUGCUUGGCCGUGGAAGAGAAGACUCGCUGCUUGGCCGUGGAAGAGAAGACUCGCUGCUUGGCCGUGGCAGGCGAGACACAACUGAAGCUCCUGGAAGAGCAGACUCGCUGCUUGGCCGUGGCAGGGAAGACACAACUGAAGGUACUGGAAGAGCAGACUCGCUGCUUGGCCGUGGAAGAGAAGACUCGCUGCUUGGCCGUGGCAGGCGAGACACAACUGAAGCUCCUGGAAGAGCAGACUCGCUGCUUGGCCGUGGCAGGGAAGACACAACUGAAGGUACUGGAAGAGCAGACUCGCUGCUUGGCCGUGGAAGAGAAGACUCGCUGCUUGGCCGUGGAAGAGAAGACUCGCUGCUUGGCCGUGGAAGAGGAGACUCGCUGCUUGGCCGUGGAAGAGAAGACUCGCUGCUUGGCCGUGGAAGAGAAGACUCGCUGCUUGGCCGUGGAAGAGAAGACUCGCUGCUUGGCCGUGGAAGAGAAGACUCGCUGCUUGGCCGUGGAAGAGAAGACUCGCUGCUUGGCCGUGGAAGAGAAGACUCGCUGCUUGGCCGUGGAAGAGAAGACUCGCUGCUUGGCCGUGGCAGGCGAGACACAACUGAAGCUCCUGGAAGAGCAGACUCGCUGCUUGGCCGUGGAAGAGAAGACUCGCUGCUUGGCCGUGGAAGAGAAGACUCGCUGCUUGGCCGUGGCAGGCGAGACACAACUGAAGCUCCUGGAAGAGCAGACUCGCUGCUUGGCCGUGGAAGAGAAGACUCGCUGCUUGGCCGUGGAAGAGAAGACUCGCUGCUUGGCCGUGGAAGAGAAGACUCGCUGCUUGGCCGUGGCAGGCAAGACACAACUGAUGCUACUGGAAGAGAGGACUCGCUGCUUGGCCGUGGCAGGCAAGACACAACUGAUGCUACUGGAAGAGCAGACUCGCUGCUUCGCGGUGGAAGAGCAGACUCACUGCUUGGUCGUGGCUGAGAUAAUUAGCUCCUGGGUCGUGUUGAGAUGGCGAUUAACCCAGUGUAUUAAUUCCGUCUCGGUGCUUCACAAAUCGCCUUAUUGA